AAUAAUCCUCCUUGUUUGUACAGCAAAUUUAUCAAAUAAAGUUUCUGACUGUGAGCUCGCAACAAACUAUUUGCAUGGUGCCGGCAACAUGGCUUCUCAUUGGCUGCGUCUUCGCUACAGUUGCUACCAAUGGCAGCAUCGCAAGAGAGUGGCGGGCGGGCCAAGUUCAACAGCAUCAUGAGUUGAAAUCCUUCGAUGCCCCAGUUUUAAAUGCCCAAGUAAACGCAACAUCUAAGAACACAUCAGCCAACCCUGAUGUGUCCUCAAAGCAAGAAGCAGCGGGAUAUUAUUCAGAAAAUGGAGGAAGUCACAACAACCGAGUAUUUGCAACAAAAUUUAAUAAAAAUAAACGAGCGGCGGAUGAUGAACCGCCGAAUUUUCGGUUCGUUUUUUCUAGUGACACAGAAGAUGGAAGGUUACCCUUAGAGGCUCUGCUGGGGCAAGAUUAUAUGAAUUUCGACAAUUUCAAUCUUAAUAGUGAGAUAAAUGAAAAUAUAUCAACCCUACUUUAUGGAAUAAAUCCCGAAAAUCAGAUAGAUAUUGCAUUCGGUAUAGAAGAAAACUCAGUCGAACCGAAUCUUCUGGAUGAAGCUGAACCUUAUUUGCUGAGGGCAUAUCAUGAUUUUCCAAAUUCACUAAGUAUUGCAAACAAUAACGAUAAACUUUACAACGCUUUGGUUUUUCUCCAAAAGAGAUUCAGCGGCGAGAGUGGCAGCAAAUUCAACGAUUUUAUUCUCCCGGCUUUUAAUCAGAAUGAUGAUCGUGACAAGUCUUCACCUGGGUACGAGAGACCAGCCAACCUAAUCAACCUAGAAUUUCACAAGCAAAAACAUAACUACGAGCCAACCUUCAGAAGCGAUUACCUGGAUAACCAACUUGAUGAUAAUUUUUUCGAUACGUACGCUCCAAAAUUGAUCAAAAAGUAUUUCCUAUCGAGCCCAGAGCACGGAUUCCCAAGGGAUACUGACAUCGGUAAUAUUGUCAAGCACGGACCGAAUUUCAAAACCUCCAUUAAAGAUUUUUCGAACGGAAUUGAUCGUCUUGAUGAGAAGCUGCCCUCAAAUAGACUAGAACAUUUCGACGAUCUUGACGCAGAAUAUGAUGCAUUUGAUAAACCGGAAGACCACGAAGAAUACGAUGACUACGACAGCGUAAUCGAUAAAAAUGAAAAGUAUUUCACCAGUAAAGACGAUGAUUUAUUUGUGCACGCCAGAGAUACGGAAAAUGGCUGUUUUGAAGAUCAAGAAGUUUCGAAAGAAAAAUUUUUAUCAUACUCUGAUGUUGUCCAGGAUGUAGGAACGUCAGUGAACGAAGAAGAUGUGACCGCAGUAGCCACGAGCCGUCCUCCCAGAGGCUGGAGUCCCAGGAUGGGAAAAAGCAAAAAAGAAAACGAGCAAGAUAUGAAAAUCGUUCGUGAAAAGCGGAGUAUCAGAGAUCCUCAAAUAUCGAGUGACGCUUCACCUGUGGAAAAAGUUCCUAUUUUUGCGACUCAGCUGGUAAAGAAGAACCUUCCUUCAUCCUCGGGGCUUCUUGAUUUCCUCGACGACAUCGUCGAUGAGACCGAAAUUGGUGGCACAAAUCCGUGGCAGAAACUUCAUAAUCGCCUCAUGCUCACUCUCAUGAAGAACCGAAUCAGGGAGAAACUUCUGCAACCCAAAGAAAUCUUAGAAGCACAGUUAAAGUAUGGGCAACAAGGAAUUCUGACAGUCGAUAAUCCCGGCAAUUCAUUUGCAUCAAACCCUUACUUAUCGGCUUCUGUAAAUCCCCAGCCAAAUAAGGAUCUCGGUUUUAUUCAGGAUGACAUCACCAACAUCCCGCGACAAUAUGUUUCAAAAGACGAUGUCUUCAGCAACACAAGAAAAUUCAAUAAUGCGCUUAAAUCAGGACAGCACGACACUUUCCCUUCACAUGUAAGCUCUAAUAAAGAACAACAAGAUUUUGGUCGUGUUGAAAACUCUUUAAGCAUCACAAAGAGCCCAGGUCCAGCCAGGAUGAUUGCUUCCGAUCAAGAACAUCAUACGAGGCAGCCAGAUUCUGUUAGUGACAGCAAUGCAUUCAGGGACUGGGGUAAGGGCCGUUAUUAUGAAUCAUUGGAAAUGCCAGGGAAAGAAGAAAUUGAGUUUGGAGGCAAACUGGUUCCGCUUCCCACUGAAAAACGGUAUCUCUUAAACGUAUUAAGCCCAAAAAGAUUCCGUUACCGGCAGCCUUUCAAAAUACCCAAGAAUCUCGAAAAUAAUUUCAUAGAAGAAGGACUUCCCGACCUCAACCAGGCGAGAAAACUUCCCUACGCCGCACAAAGAGAGACUUUUAAUCCCCGAAUGGGGAAGCGAGACACGAGGCAAGUGUGGGACCAUAAUUUUGGUGAUGAUUGGUGGCGUCACGAACCUAAAUCUAUUCACAACGAACUGUCAUCGAACGAGAAAAUGGACACGAUACAUCACUAUGUGUUCACUCCACGAGUGGGCAAGCGAGCUCCGACCUUCAUUCCUCGGACUGGUAAACGCAGGUUCGAUUUCAUACCUCGGGCUGGGAAACGAACGUUCAGUUUCAUACCGCGCGCUGGGAAACGAGCAUUCAGUUUCAUUUCCCGGGCUGGGAAACGAACAUUCAGUUUCAUUCCUCGCGCUGGGAAACGAACAUUCAGUUUCAUUCCCAGGGCUGGGAAACGAGCGUUUAGUUUCAUUCCUAGGGCUGGGAAACGAACGUUUAGUUUCAUUCCUAGGGCUGGUAAACGAGCGUUCAGCUUCAUACCUCGAGCUGGGAAACGAACUUUCAGUUUCAUUCCACGGGCUGGGAAACGAGGAUUUAGCUUCAUUCCUCGAGCGGGAAAAAGAAAUUUCAGCUUCAUUCCUCGAGCGGGAUAAGAAGCAAACAAUUUCAUCGCUGUUGGGAGAUGACAUCUCAGGCCGUCACAUUCUUCCUGGUGAAUUCAAAAGCAAACUCUUACACUCAGCGCGCUACAGAUGAAGUCUUGAACUUGCAAUACACAAACUGCAUGGGGCGUUGUGUCUAGCUCAUUUAAUUCCUUGUAUGAUUAUCAAUACUUAUUGUUAAAAAAAUAGCAUUGAAGAGGCUAACUUUUAAUUCCUAGUAAUACAUUGAUGUACAUGGGGCAUUAAACUGGCCUAAAAUACAAUAGAAGAUGAACCGUAACAUUAUAUAUUAUUACAAUGUGAUCAUAUUUCUACGACAGAAUUCUAACAAGAAUUUCGGAAUUUAAUGCCUAUGAUAAUGGAGUACACAUAAGCCCGUAGCGAGUGCCUAAAGUUCGUUUGAAAUCGUUUACCUGUAUGUAAAAAUGUGGUGAAAAACGAGAUAAAAUGAACAACCUUUCGUUCAUUGCCUAAUCUCUUUGAAUCAAGUUGCCAAGCAAUCAAAUUAAAAGGAUAAAGAAAUCACAGGAGCAUACAAAACUAAAAUUUAAUUGCAAGUGCUUGCAUCAAUAAA